CUAAAUGGUCACUAAACAAAUCCUGAGGGAAUAAGAGGAGAGAGGUUGGCUCAUGUCCACUUGUUGUUCAAAUCGAACGAUGUCUCAAGUGAAGAAGUAAAGUAGCCGGUCCGCUGUGGUGCUUCGGUAUCGGUGGUAGUUGUAUAGUUGGACCGACACAAUAAAUCAGAGUCAGAAAAUAAUGACGCGGUCCUCUACAGAGAGAACAGGCGGCGAGGCUAUGUUUUCCGAUGAAACGGCGAAAGUGUCCAUCCUGAACCUUGCCGGGAAGUGUGUGGCGCAGUUUCCCAUUUUCGAAGUUGCGCUGCCAGCCGAGAGAAGGUCAAGCGCCGUCUGUUCGACUUCCAACCCUUCGACUUUCAACCCGCUGAAGAAGGAAAAGCGUUUGUCCGUGUCAUAUGGAUGUGUCAGGUUUGAAAUCGUCAAAGUUGAAAUAGUUUGUCAUGCAUAAAACGGAUACCAGUUAGACCUACAGUUUGUAGUCGGCGCGUGACAAAUUUUCUCGGUCCUGGAAGCGAGUCUGUCAUGCGGUUUAGGGCAAAAGAGCUGCCUUCUGUCGUGCUAGUUCGCAGUCCAACUUUUGACCCUUACCAGGACUGUAAUCUGCCUCCCGUGGGUCCUCUGCAAUAGAGUCACUUCUUGUGUCGCAUUUUAUGCAUUACAAAUUAUUUCAACUUUGACGAUUUCAAACCUGACGCUUCCAUAUGUCAAGUGUGAGCUCUACAGCUGCGUCCUCGGACCAGGACGGGGACCAGCUUGCCGAAGUAGAAAGAAAAUGGAACAACGAUCCCAGUACGUUGAUGUCCCGCGAUCAUGAUCAUUCCUGUCCAACAAGUGCAUCCCGAAGAACUGUAGACAACGUGAUGACGCGCAUCGUGCAGCGGCUCGGGCUUGCUGAUUCAGGAGAACACAAUGCUGACAGUCACGACGACCACGAGCAGAACCAGGAGAUGAACACUGCAGCAGAUAAUUCGGAUCAACUACAUGGGAACCUCCACCAGAAGAGAGUUGAUGUUGUACCAACGGAGCUGCAUCCUUUCUCCGGCGUUGCGGUUGCGCGGGUGGGGGGAAAAGACGAGACUUCGACGACAUCCUUGCAGCCGGCCUCGUCUUCUACGACCUCAAAGGUGGUGCCUAGUAUGGGUGAUUGCAAAAACGCUCCCGCCUGCUCUCCGUCCGCGACCACUGCUCUCCCCUACGAAGUUUGGUUGCCUGCUGUCACAUCGCGAUUCAAGACGUGGCUCGGAACCGCGUUUGAGCAGCAUAAUCGGGACGUGCUACGAAUCCUGCGCGAGGAGCUGUGUUCCGAUGAAGAGAAAGUCAAGGGCUACCCGCGCCGGUACGUUUUCCAAGGCAAAGCGAAGGCGGUCAGGAUCGGGACCUACGCUAUGAAACCCGGGCUGCGCGGCGAAGGCCCGGAAGUAGGCCACGCGGAACGGGGGAGAGGUGAACUCCUGGACCAGCACACCCGGCUCGGUUCUCCAAAAAUGAUCGAUCUUUGGGACAAACCCGAUGAUUUGGUGGAGGACAUCCCCGAGUGCGAACUAAAAAUCUACCUGGAGAAAGCGAAUCGAGCGGUCUGGUUCGAGUUCCUCUUCUCCAUCGACAGCUGGCCCAUGCGAAAGGAGCGACCGCUCGCCUACGCAAACCACGACAUCCGGAUUGUGCGCUGCCUCAGCCAGGACGAAAGGGAGGAACAACUGAAUGCAUGCGAUUUGGAGAUUGAAUUGGUAUUAAGAAGCAUAUACCAUUUGUAAUUGUACAUAGUCAUACUAGCUACACACUCUGACCAAAAGCAAAAUAGUACGUUGUCGGUGACCUUUGUCUUUCUCAAAGCACCGCUUGCGCCGAAGUCCUCCUUGUUUCGUCGAAGUUGUGCGAGACAAGAUGAAGAUCGUUUUUGGCAAAAAAAAAACAUGAUAUCCAGGAAAAAACACCCAUCCCCAUCCAUCUUGCCUUUUUUUUAUAGCAAAAAAAUCACAAAAAAAUGAAAAAAACUGAAAUCGUUUUUGCAUGUUGAUGGUUUCGAGUGCACCUACUUCACAACACUAGCUAGUGGCGUCCAUGAGAAGCAUCUUAACUAGAGGAAUUUGACUUAGCUAGGUCUAUCGCAUUGGUCGGCCGACGUCGGAGUCGAGAUCCCAAAGAAGGCAACUCGCUGCGAGCCGCCUUGCGGGCCUUCGUCGGGGGCGAUUUGGCUCGCGAAUCUUAUCGCGGGGCUUUUGGGGAGGCGUUGAACCUGAUGCGGGAAGGGGUUUUUGCGGGGCAGUGGGAAUCAGACGAAAUCAAGCGCGCAGCUGGACUGGACUCAACAUACGAGGCCUUAGCAAAUUCCGUAAGUUUGUGAACUUAGCGCCCAUGGUAUGGCGCAUUAUUCUCCUCCCAACCUGUGACAAUUUUAAUACUUUGGAGCCUUCACGCAGCAGAUGCGCGCACUUUAUCAUCCGAGCAAACGGCGCGCCAGGACGCACGACCUAGCUCAUGCGAUUAGGCGCCCCGCCUAUCGCGCCUCCUCCUACCGCGCCGAAACUUGUCUUGCUGCCCGGAUGUCCCGAGCCUGGCUUUUUUUUGGAUUUUUUUUUCCGACAAAAAGAGUCCGGCUUUUUGCAAUUUCUUGUUUUUUCGUGGAUGGGUGUUUUUACCACGAGCUAACUACAAAUACGGAACCACCCAUCCACGAUUUUUGGGGUCGAAACUUAUUUCGCCCUUCUCCCGGUGCUACGUUCCAGAUUUUCGCUGAAAAAAUGAAGCAAAAGCGAGCACUUUUCUGAGCUAAAUUUUCGGAGUCAGCCCGUGUUUAAAACACCCAUCCACUUUUUUUGCUCGAUGGCCCGAAAGUCAUGGUUUUGUGGAUGGUUGUUUUUACCACGAGCUAUCUGCUAAAUCGCCGACCACCCAUCCACUCAUUUUGUUCUAGAAAAGCGCGCCUUUUUGCUGAAAAAAAAGCAGUUAGCUCGUGUUUCAAACACCCAUCCACUCAUUUUCGAAACGGGUAUUUUUUUGGAUUUUUUUUCUCGCAAAAAAAAUCCAAGGCUUUGUCAUUUAGAAUGGUGGCUCAACAUCUGGCCAGGCAGGAGGGCUCCGACUCGGAGCCACGUGAGCCGCGAGAGAGGCAAGACAGAGGCCCCAUGCCGCUGCUUUGCCUGAUUGUUCAUUCAUCUUGGUCAUCUUCCCCCAACAUACCCACACAGGCCCGUCGCUACAUUCGCAUGUGGCGAUGCGCUGGCACGGCGAAGUGGCGACUGCACUUUGGGCAAAGAAGUACAGGCCUAGAGCGCUCCGAGCUCUGAAGCGGAUCCGCAAUAAGUCGCACGAGCAGCGGCUAAAGGUCGCGCAGCAUGAGGCUCCGGAGGGUGAAGCAGAUUGCCUGGCGCUGAAGGAAUCGGGCGCACGUUACGAGGACACCAUCCCCGACGUGCUCGCGACGACAGCCGGCGCGGGCAGGAUCUCCGACUCGUCAGCCGGUGCGGGCUCCUGCGAUAGAUCUAGCUAGUUGAAUUCUUAUCAGCUGCACUUAUCUAGGACGCCACUUUAGCUAGGUGAAUUUAGCGCGGACAUAUGCCGGCAGGCAUGCGUAACAGACCUGAAAAUUUUUUGAAAAUUAUACCUCAUUUCUUGAUCAAAAAAAAGGCAAAAUGGAUGGGGAUGGGUGUUUUUUCCUGGAUACAUGACGCAUCCAUCACAGAGCGUCGCGCUUGGUUACGGUGGUGAAGUGUGCCGCCCAAGGAAAUUUCGCGUGACGCUGACGUCCAAGGAGGAUCGCGACGCGUUGAUGAACUUGCUGGAGACUUUGCGUGCCUUUCCAUUCGGAGAACACGAUCAGUACCCGGACUUUGGAAAAAAUUGCAUCUGGACCCGGCGGGACGAAUUCUGUCGGAUUCUGCAUGCGGCGGAAAUUCGGAAGUUGUAUUUGACGCAGAACAAGAAGCACGACAAGGAGCAGGACCAGGGAGCAUUAAGCCAAACCCCGAUGUCCUCGCCGUCGAUUUUUUCAUCUCCCACGGACUACUUCAAGAAGAUGAACAACUUGAACACAGAGCUUCUCGCGUUCAGCUCCGAUUUGCACGACCCAGAUGUAGUCGAGAAGUUGUUUGAUACCUACGAGCCGCUGCUUGCGCACGUGUCGCGGUUGCAGGUCAUUUCCGGCGGAGCCACGAAUUCGACAUCCGUUGACCACUUGAUCAAGAUCGCGGAGGACGAUGACAACAAGAACAACGCGGAGGACUCCGGAUUAGAAGCGGACGGCGAAGCUGCAGCGUUUGACGAGCAUGGUGGGGAGGACUUCGAAGUUCAGGAUGAAGAAGAGCAAUCCAAUGGAUGCGACAGCGACACACCGUCGUGCACUGCGGAUGCGGAAUCGGGUCUUGACUUUUUCGUCAUCGUGCCCCAGCUAAGCUACUAACUAGAACUCGGUACUCCAGUGUCUUGAGCGUAAGCCUGAUUUGCACUACACGUCGAUAACAACUACAACAGACACUUUCAUUUAUGCUAGGAUCCACUGCGGAUCGGGAUCGGCAGAGCUAAUAUUUUUGAAGUUCAAAAAGUUUUGCAAAAGUAGUAAGGUCCUCUAUCGUCAUCUUUCAGCGGUGAAGGUGAUGAUAUCAGAAUCAUGAAGAUGAUUCACACAACUACUAAGCUGUGGACCAAUCAUGCUGCUAAAUCAUCCCGCGUUUUACUCAGAUGUUGUACGAUUUUUUUUUCUCCUGAAAAUGCCACCCUGUCACCAGCACGCGGGCGUUAUAAAAACCCACCGAGCUAUCAUCUAUAGUAAAGCAGCAGCACCACCAGCAGCUUCUCACUACUUGAUUUAUCAAAUAAAGCCUCAAGCCUGUGGAGCAUUGGUCGGAAAUCGCUUCGAUUCAUAUUGUUGUGACCGCCAAUUACAGGUACGCUUCUUGAAUACGAGGAAUGAAGAAUAAAGUAGAUGACAAUAAAAAAUGAAUAUUUAUAAUUCUUAGGCAGAGCUUCUCCUUCUGAAUGAAUCAUAAUUGAAAUAGGACGACUGCUUUGCUCGUCGACGCGUCCGUCUCCCAUCUCAAGGUUAAAGGCUCAGUCUCUUGUCUGUUUUGAGAUUUUGCAGCUUUAUUUCGGAAUAAAGGAGCAUUCAGCUUGUUGUACUACUUGUGCGAGCUUUCUUUUGCGAAUAACUGCUUGACUUUGUCUUUUCGUCUGAUCCCUAUUUUGAGACGAAAGAAGAACAAGAAGACUCUCUGCAGAUUAAGAUUACCAAAGCGAUUUCCUGCUUGCAGCGUUUAACUGUUUGCCAGACUUUGCCGCUUUGCAAUUCGGCGAACUGCAACUGCUUGUGGUUGAAAAUUUUUUUGUUGUUGCCGUCUGGAG